AUGCGUUUCUCCACCAUUGCCACCGCUGUCUUCGCCGCUGGCGUUGCCAACGCCCAGGUCGACUCAGUCCUCUCCCAGAUCACCUCGGCCGUCGGCGGUGCCCCAUCCACGCUGCCUCAGCCAUCUCUCGAUCGGCUCUGCGUCAACUCACGUGCUCCAUCACCAGCCGUGUCGGAUCCGAGCAUCUCCAGCGAGGCGGCUUCCAAGGCCAGCUCAGCCCGCUCCGCCCUCGAGUCCAAGACCGGCUCGCUUGCCAGCAGCGCCGCCUCUGCCACCUCAUCUCCCUCCGACGGUGCUGCCGACUCUGCUGCCAUCCCCGCUCUCGGUGCCGUCGGUGCUGGUCUCUUCGCCCUCGCCGGCCUUUUGUAA